CUUGAUCCACGUAAAACAACCUGGGCAAAAGCAUUUACAGGUCGAGUUUUUACAGCAGGGAUAAUAUCUAUACAACGAUCUGAAUCAAUAAAUGGUGUAAUUAAACGGACUGUAAAUGAAAGAACUCAACUUCACAUCCUGUUUAACCGAAUUGAAUCAUGUAUUGCAGAAGAACAAUUUGCUAGUCAGUUUGCGGCUUGGCGUGAAAAGACAACAUCAUAUAUAACACCAAGUGUCCCUGAACAACUUUUUCCUGAAAUAUACAAUAUUUUGCAAAAGUAUAUAAUGCCCAAAAUUUUACAGUUACAUAUUAAUCAAAUGAAUGAGGCGGUGAUGUAUUAUAGCAAAAAGGUUAAUUUUGAGAAUCCAUAUAAUUUAACAUUGGAGGUUGUUGAUAAUGGGCCGAUUGAAUUUGAGUAUGACUUUCGUCAGAUACGUUUUGAUGAACUUCUUGAGAGGAUUGAUUAUUCCUUAGUUGCUGAGGUUUGGGAAGUUCAAUCAAUCGAGCAUAAAUCAAAUAUUGGACAGAAUUCUGAAAAGGCUUAUUUUCACAUUUCUCUUAUUCCAAGAUGUUGGUACAAAGACGAAUUUAUGGACACGGUAGUUGUUGAUGAGCCAUUUCUUAGAAGAAAUUCAUUAGAAAAGAACGGUUCAACACCAUCUUUACCUUCUUUUCCGGAUGUUGCUGAUUCGUGGAAUACCAUGCUUAUUGAAGCUCCUGUACAAGCUGCAGCAAAAGCAAUUGGCC